ACUCCCCCAAGACUUGGCGGGAAAAGAUACCUAUACUCAACAGUUUAGCGCGGGAAGCCGGCAACUGCUCUUGGAGAGCGUGGGAUUUUGAGGCUUGAAAGAGGGAAGAUAAAAACCUACAACUUCUUAUUAUAUCAGAAAGCUAGCCAAAAAAAAGGAAAAAAAAAUGGUUGGGUUGCCGUACGAUUGCCUCGCAAACCCACUUGGAGCCGUCCGAUUGACGUUCGAGAAGGCUGUGGCCUCAGGCAUCGAUCCGGCCACAUUCGAUGGCAAGGACUGGGGCGCCACUGACCUCUUUCGCGAUUUCCUAUACGAAAAUGACGGCCUCUCGCAGGUGCCAACGUUAAAUGAUUCCACCAUCAGAUCGCUUCAGCCUAACACACUGGUUAAGUUCCGGGGCAUGAUUCAAGACAUGUUAGGAAAUGAAUUUUAUGUUGGUGCUUACAAGGAUGGGAGUGUCUGGAGAACAAAUAAGUUCGCUGAUCAUUCCCAAUUCCCCAUUGGAUCAUCAUCUGAUAUGCGAGUAUGGGAACGCCGUUUACUUUAUUGUGUGCCUGUUCCAGGACAGAACUCAUGGACCGAGUCGUUCUGCCAAGCUGCAGUGCCUCCAUUUGCAAACUCUACCUCCCCAGCAAGAGAGAAGCGCCAGAGGGAAAAUGACGUGGACAUGCAGGAUCCGGAUCACGAGUUUCAGGAUUCUCCAUCUGCAAAAAGGAAGCGAGAGGAAAGUGUUCCUUCACAGUCUUCUAAUCUCCAGGCGAAUAAAAUUGGAGAAACCAGUUCUAAUACUGGGUUGGUGCCUGAUUUUGACGGAAAUUCAUUUCCCUGUCUACUGAAGAUGUAUGAUUCUCCUGAGUCGGAUUUGAAGCUGAAUGAUGUAUUCGAGUUUAUUGGUGUCCUUACUUUUGAUACAGAGCUUAAAACAGAUGCCGAUGAGGUUACUGAACUGAAUAACAGUUUAUAUGAAGAAGAAUUGACUCAUCUGCCCCCUAGCAAGGUGCCUCGUAUCCAUUGUCUAGUACACAGGAAACUAGCAGUUCAUGACUUUCUUUCAAGUCCCACAAUGUUGGAGCCCAAACCAUUCCUGGUGAAAGGGAUAAGAGAAACACUGUUGGGGCAUCUCACAGCUGUUCUUGGAAAUGACGGGCUAGCAGCUCAGUUCAUGUUAUUACACCUUUUAUCCAGGGUACAUGCUAGGGUGGAUACAGUUGCUGUGGGAAAGCUUUCACUAAACCUUACUUGUUUAAACAAGGAAAGCAUAUCUAUUUUUGGAAACCGUUUAAACCUCGCGAUCAGGAACCUUGUACCUUUUGCACAUUCUCUACCUCUCACCAUUGAUUACCUUAAUUCUGUUUCUCUUGCCCCAAGAAAGGAUUACCAGAUAAACAGAUUGGUUUCUGGAGCUUUACAACUAGCUGAGGGCACUCAUUUAACUAUCGACGAGACUCAGUUACAAACAGGGACCCUUAACUCGACUGGAGUUGAUAAUGCAAGAGUGCUGAAAAGCUUGACGGAGUUGCAAAAGGUGGAGUAUGAUUUUACAUACUAUAAAAUGGACAUGGCUGCAGACAUCCAAAUGUUAAUUCUUUCUGAGGGAAAAUCUAAUAUCUUACCCGCUGAUUUGGUGUUGCCUUUGCGUCCAUCCUCGGUAGACUGUUAUGGUGAUGUGGACCCAGAACUACUGAAAGCUUGGAGAUGGUACUUAGCUACUAUGAGAUCAUUGCCACAUUCCAUUGAGCAGGAGAUGCAGAAGGUGGUAGAAGAUGACUUGGUUGCUGCAAGGCAAGCUGAUAGAAGCUUAGGAAGCCAAGAACUCAGCAGAUUGCUUACUAUGGGGCGAUUGGUUUCGGUGAGCUUUGGUGACACGUGUCUGUCAUUGGAUCAUUGGCAGAUGGUGAAGGAGCUGGAGAGACUGAGGAGGGAAAGGCUCCAGGGGAGUGUGUAGGUGAAGCAAGGGAACGAUGGGAGAAGAGAGUGAAAGAGUGUUGCUACUUUUGUCAAUCUGGUAGGCAAUGUGAGAGGCGUUGUGAUGAAGUAGUGUUGUAAAGAAGCUCAUCUUGUAACUGUCAGCAUCUAAAUUCAACCUUAUGGUAAUGCAAAAUGUAAAAUGACUGACUAAAACUUGAUUUGCACUUACUAGCACGCUGGAAGUUACAUUACAUUGUAGUAUGAUAUCUUCGGGCAAUUUAAUUUAAGUAUAUAAAUGAAGCGAGCGUCCUUUAUA